AUGGUGUCUUCGCUAACCUGGUCGCUCAUCACCAGCCACAUUAGAGGAAUUCUCUCGCACCACAGCUCAGCUGUUAGUCGAUUACUCUCUAAUGCCCAGCGUCAUGUUGUGCUCAACCCAAGACGACCCAAACAGCCAGGCUUCCAAGUACUCUACCCCCAGCGUAUGAAACAACCCUCAGCCCGGGAUUCUUUCUUUGCCGCCACACCCCUAAAGUGUAAUAAAGCAGACAGCCAAGAAACCCUUCUGAGGAGGCCCCAAAAGAAAUUGCGAACCAUUUCUGGCCUCGACAUGCCCGUCACACCAAAUUAUGUGCCUCCCCGUGCACCUGUUGUCCUGUGCCAUGGGUUGUAUGGCUUUGACAAGCGUGGCCCAGACAACUUACCGGCCUUGCAGGUCCACUACUGGGGUGGUAUUGAAAACGCACUGGCUAAACUGGGAGCAAAGGUAAUCGUGACACGAGUGCCGUCAACAGGCAGCAUCUGGGAACGAGCACAAGUACUUCACAAGCUUAUGAAGACAGUAUUGGAUGGCAAAGAUAUUAAUUUCAUUGCCCACUCAAUGGGUGGACUUGACUGUAGACACUUGAUUACUCACAUCCCUGACCGUCCCUACCGCGUCCGAUCCCUGACUACGAUAUCUACACCUCACCGUGGGUCGCCUGUCAUGGACUGGUUUAGAGACAAUGUUGGGGUUGGAAUGACCGACGCACUGGUGAAUGCGGCAACCCGGAAGAUGGAAAAGAAUGAACUAGACGCAGAGAAGAUCCGGACCCUCAAUGCACUUCAGGGAAUCCUGCACACUCCCAUUGCAGUCACUCUGCCAGUUCGGCUACCACCCACCUUACUGCCGCUCUUGAGCUGGACUCUGGCGGAUGUUGCAAAGAUGCCGGCCCACUUGCUCGAUCCAGUCGUCGCACGCGUCGUCCAGCUACUCGACACUCCUGCCUACGCCAAUCUGUCGACCGACUACUGUACCCACCACUUCAAUCUCACGACACCAAACGACCCACGCGUGGCCUAUUACUCAUACGGUGGGUCGGCAAAACUACCGGCCUGGUCUUUGCUCGGUCUUCCUCACCAGCUCAUCAAACAAAAGGAAGGUGAAAACGAUGGGUUUGUGAGUGUGAAGAGUGCACAAUGGGGUCAGUACAUAAAGACACUCGAGGCUGAUCAUUGGGAUCUCAACGGACAAAGGUAUAGAUGGCGGUCAUCUAAACAACCAGGACAAUGUACAGAAGGAGACCGAUUUAAUGUUUUAGAGUUCUAUCUAGAGAUGGUGACCCGCUUAUACCACCAAGGACAUUAGAAUACACAUUAAUAUUAAAGCCUCUUUAUUAUAAUU